AUGGACAUCCUCUCCCUGCUAGGCGCAUUCGCCGAGUUUAAAGCGCUACGAAACCCGCCCGACUGGGGAGAGCCCGAUCCGAGGAGAACUCCGCCCGACCAAGCUGCCAGCAGCUUAACCGUAAGCCUCCCAACGAUGGCAGCUUCGUCGCACAAUCCAUUUCCCCGUUCCCCCAACCCAUCCACAAGAUCGUAUGACUCUUCUUCGGUCUCGUCGGCAACUUCACCUCGCCCGCAAGUCCAGCAGCUUCUGGGAAACUUGAUGGGCUCAAACGUGAGGUCAAACGCCGCGCAAACUCCACAACCCAUAGGUAUUACGCAACUACCUCCAGCAUCCCAGACGGGAUUUCAACCCUAUACGCCGGUGACGGCAACCUCGGUGAUGGGCCGGGACUCGUUGCCCCCAACCGAGUCGGUGGCAAGCACUCCAGGACUUUCUAGCGCUCAGCUGUCGGCGAACGUCUCGGCCCAGAAGCGCGCCUACCGCCAAAGGAGGAAAGAUCCAAGGCACCCCUUUUUCGCGGUAAAGAGAUUUGAUGCUGACUUCUCCGUACGGGACUUCGAGAGGACGGAGACAGCGAGUUGCUCGGAAUGCUCGAGCCGCAAUGUCAAAUGCCAAUUCACCAAGGAGACCAACCGGCGCAUGUCAUCUAUCAAACAAGUGCAAGACCUCGAGAAGCAGAUAGAGAGGGUACGGAGGGAGAAUAGUAAUCUAAGACGCACGUUGGCUGAACGGGGCGAGCACAUGGAUGUCGAUGGAGAAAGUGCUGAGCAAUUAUCGCAGCAGUUUCUCCCGGACUUAAACUCCGAACCUAGGAGGCGGAGAAGAGCGGCCCCUCCGCUGCAGGAUCCCUCACGAGCGAGGGUGGCUUUCCGGAACUUCUCAAGAGGUGUCCUGAAGCCGCCAGCAGCGUAUCGACAACUACCGACGGCUGUUGUCGCGUUCGACCUUCCCAGACCACCGUUACCUCCUAAAGCUACCGUAGACAAGCUUCUCCAUACGUACUACGGGGCGGCACACAUCAUGAUGCCAAUACUUCAUUGGCCGACGUUGCAGCAUCAGGUAGAGGAAUUAUACCAAAACACUACUAAUAUACAGCGGGUUCCCAUCUCGUGGCAUUCUAUGUUCUUCGCGGUUUUGGCUGUGGGGAGCCUAUUUAGUAACGAGCCGUAUCCAGACAGGACGCUACAGGCCAGUGAGCUACUGGAGGCAUCGCGAAGCUUGAUGGAUCCCUGGAACGAUAACUUUGACCUGGAUAACGUCCGAGCGUCGUUUCUUGUCUCGCUUGCUUUGAACGAACUGAAUUUGAAGUCGGCGGCUUGGACUUGGUUGGGCAGCGCCGUACGAAGUGCGCAAGACCUCGACCUCCACCUGGAAGUAGUUGGGGUACGUUCCAGAGUCGAGGCAGAUAUGAGACGGCGGGUUUGGUGGGCAAUAUACGCUCUCGAUCGAACGCUAUCCAUGGACUUUGGACGCCCCUUUAUGAUCAACGAUGCCGACUGCGAUGUAGCCCUCCCCGAGCCGUUCGAUGAUCAUUUCCUCCAUACCGAGGGCCCCGUACAUCCCCCAAACGCCAUACCCCUAACUCACUUUCUACACGGCAUAAUCAACGUGGUACGGUCUUUCUCUGCCGUAAGAGAAGCCUUCUCCAGUGCCGUGAUCGAGCCGCCGCGACUAGCGACGUUCGACAACCACUUUAUCGCUUGCCAGAAAAUGUUUCCAGAAUCAUGCGAAGCGAAUAAUACCUCUCUAGUUGCUCCUCAUGUACUAAUGCCCCUUGCGUACCUCCUUAGUAUUCGGUUGCUUCUACACCGUCACAACCUUGCCCCUGGCUGCCCUAUAGAAGCUCGAAACGACGCAAUUCAGCAAUGCAAAGCGACAGCGAUAGAGACGGCGAAUCUAAUUGCCAGGAUCAACUCGACUCUCGCAGAUACCGCUACAAGCCUUCUAGUAACCCAUAUAUUCCGCUCUACGUUGUUUCUACUUCUUACGGGCUAUUACGAGUUAGCAUCCACGUGUCUAAGGGCUCUCAAGUCGAUUGAUGCGCGACGAGACAUCACCAUCCCCUGUGGACGCUUUUUAUCAUUCUUCCUACAGAUCCUAGAAGCCAAGCAACGUGAAUUAUUAGCCGUCCUCCCACGUUCAGCUACGCCUAGCUACGCUCCGCAAAUAGCUCUACCCGAUCUUAGAGCCGUCCAAGAUGCGUUGUCGAAAGAUGAGGAGCUCCUGACAUACGUGAGUGCAGAUAUGCAAGCUAGCACCGAAACAGCCUGGGUCUGGUUCGGGGCGGAGCGCGAGGUACCAUUAACAAUGCCUCCGUCAACUACUGGAGGUGGCCUAGCACAUCCGGACAACCGAACGGGCCUAAACGCAAGUGAGAGGGAGGACUGGGGUGGAUGGGAUAGCUUAAUAGAGCUUACUAGAGGUCUAGCAUCAGGGGCAGCGAGCCCAGCUACGGCUUACGCGCCUCGAGCGCAAACGCUUCCGCCGAUCAAAGUGGAACAAGGCGUGAAUAUACCAGGGAAUAUACUUGGGGGCGGCACGGUCGAAAUCGACAACAGUAGAAAUAGCCCGACUGCUGGAGCGGCGUCAGGAAGCCGCAGUACGGAGAGGAUCAGCAUUGCGAACAUAAUCUAA